UUGCAAAUUUUGUUUGAAGGGGAUAUAUAUACCUUCGGAUUGUAUAUCCCCCAAAUUUGGAGGAUAUACAAUCCCAGCCCCCCCUGUUAUAUCAUAUCCCCUCGUCUGGGAUAUGAGUUAAAAAGUCCAAUAUGCCCUCGUCUAUCUUGUAUACACAGACUAGGGCUCAAAAAAUAUAUGCAGCUCAUAUACAUUCAGCAGAAGAGAAAAAGGCUCUGGUUUACAUCGUGUAGAUCUGCUAAAUUUUGUGACUGAUUUCUGUUGGCAAGACUUCAUUCCGGUAUGGAUGACACAACUGUUACUAGUGGAUGUCGAAAAAAGGGUAAGGGAAAGGCAACUGCUUCCUCAUCAAGAGGUCGUAGAGUGUGGAGUCCAAAAGAGUGUGAUGUGUUGAUUCGAGCCAUGAGGGAUCUGUUCAGUGAAAAAUGGAAGGCUGACAAUGGUCAGUUCAAGUGUGGAUUUUACUCUGAAUUGGAGAAGCUUAUCAUAUUGGCUUUUCCUGGAAUUGAUCUUCGUGCAUCCCCUCAUAUCGAGUCAAAGAUCAAAUUUUGGAGAAGACAAUACAAUUUGCUUACUGACAUGCUUCGCUUGAGUGGCUUUGGGUGGGAUGACUCUGAGAAGAUGAUUUUGGUCGACAGUGACCAAGUUUGGGAAAACUAUGUCAAGAGGGAUCCAGAUGCCAAGGGCAUGAGAAAUGUACCUUUUAUUUACUACGAGGACUGGGUAAUUCUCUUUGGCAAGGAUAGAGCCACUGAAGUCUUGGCUAAAGGACCUGCUGACAUGGUUGAUGCCUUAGAAAAAGAGGACCAAACUACCGAGGAGUGUUACACUCCAAUUGUUGAUCUGCCUGAUUGUUCCUUAUCAGCAUCUGGGACUCCAUGUAACCAAGGUGGCUUAGGCACAACUUCUAAGAAAAGAGCUAGGGAAGCUAAAGGUAUUGCAAAGGGACUUGUUGAUAUGGCUAUUGAGUUUGGUUCCUUCUUCAAGAAAACCAACACUACCAUGGAAGAAAUUACUCAUAGGAUUGGGUAUGCCCAAGACUUGUCUCAAGCUAGGAAGCUGGUUAAUGGGGAACUAGCCAAGUUGCGACUGAACACGAAUGACAGGUUGAGAGCAGCUACCCUUAUUGUGAAGGAUGCUGAAAGGGUUGAUUUGUUCUUUAGCUUGCCUGAAGAGAAAAAAUGGAAUGGGUAUGUUUGUUGUUGGCUGGGUGUGUUUAAGAGGGUGUUUGUUGUUGGUUAG